AUGACGCAGAUCAUGUUCGAGACCUUCAAUGUGCCCGCCAUGUACGUGGCCAUCCAGGCAGUCCUGUCCCUCUACGCCUCCGGCCGAACUACGGGCAUCGUCAUGGACAGCGGUGAUGGCGUGUCGCACACCGUGCCGAUCUACGAGGGCUAUGCCCUCCCUCAUGCCAUCUUGCGUCUGGACCUGGCCGGCCGCGACCUCACAGAGUACAUGAUGAAGAUCCUGACCGAGCGCGGCUACUCGUUCACCACCACGGCAGAGCGCGAGAUUGUCCGCGACGUCAAGGAGAAGCUGUGCUACAUCGCUCUGGACUUCGACAGUGAGAUGAAGGCAGCCAGCGAGAGCAGCGACAAGGAGAAGACGUACGAGCUGCCGGACGGCAACAUCAUCACCGUGGGCGCCGAGCGCUUCCGUUGCCCAGAGGUCCUGUUCCAGCCCAGCUUCGUUGGCAAGGAGGCCAGCGGCAUCCACGACACUACCUUCCAGUCCAUCAUGAAAUGCGACGUGGACAUCCGAAAGGACCUCUAUUCCAACGUUGUGCUGUCCGGCGGCACCACCAUGUUCCAGGGCAUCGGCGAGCGCAUGACGAAGGAGCUGACUGCCCUGGCACCCUCCACCAUGAAGAUCAAGGUGGUGGCCCCACCGGAGCGUAAGUACAGCGUGUGGAUUGGAGGCUCCAUCCUGUCCUCGCUCAGCACCUUCCAGCAGAUGUGGAUCUCCAAGGGCGAGUACGAUGAGAGCGGCCCAACUAUCGUGCACCGCAAGUGCUUCUAA